AUGCUGCUUGGCCUCCUCCACCUCCUCCCGCUCGCCUCCUGUCACGGCCUCGCCGCGGCACACCGCCUCCGCGGCGGAGCAGCGCUCACGCUGCCGCCGCUCGUCGGGGCCUACCAGUCCGCGCUCGCGGCGGCGCCCAUCACGACAAACGUGCUGUCGGCCGCCAGCCUCUCGGUGCUCGCCGACGGGAUGGCGCAAGCCGUCGAGCGGCGCGGCUCGUGGGACGUCUCUCGUGCGGCGUGGAUCUCCGCCUGGGGCGCGAGCGUGAGCGGCUUGAUGCUCUUCUUUUGGUUCCGGCUCCUCGCUCGCCUCUUCCCGCUCGCGGCGAGCUCGACGGCGCAGCUCGUGGGCAAGGUCGCGCUCAACCAGGCGGUGAUGUCGCCGGGCUUGAACGCCGGCUUCUUCACCUUCGUCGUCCUCACCCGCGACAAGGCGCCUCCUCCAGCAGCCCUGACCUCCGCCACCUCUUGUCUCGUCACCACCCUCCUCGCCACCUAUG